AUGUAUCAUAGAACCAGAGCUUCCUCCGUCCAUUAUCCGAUCGCUAAGAAGACCAAGGACUCUAGCAAUGGGAUGAUAAAUUUGGCGGAGGUUGGAGGACAACCACCUCACAUCAACGGCGGACCAGCUGUGGCUGGUUUACCGCACAUGAUGCCAACACCGGUCGUGGCCGGUGCCGGUAUUGCCAUGAUGGGUCAACAUCAUCAACAGCAGCAACAACAACAACAACAACAACAGCAGCAACCACAACAACCACAACCAUCUCAUCCACAACAACGUCUUGUUGGUGGUGCACCCCAUCAGUUGCCUCCGUCGGGUAUGCAUCAUCCACAUGGACCACCGCCACCACCACCUGGAGUUGGUAUGGUUGGACCACCGCCACCACCCCCACAUCAUCUCACACCGGCCGGAGGCGCACCGCAAAAUCGUCCUUCGGCACGUGAACGGGCGAUGCAUGCCGUAGAGUACUACAAAAGCAAUGUGCGGCGAGCGCGCGUUGAUGCGGGGUUAGCCCGGAAUUCGCUUCACGAGCGCUACUCGUACGUCCAGCGGCAGAUGGCAACGAUGGGCAGCGGUAAUGGUAUUGUCGGUACAAAGCUAUCUCCCCACGGUCACACGGAUCAUCUCUAUCGAAGUAAUUCGAGUUUGGAGUUGAUUCACGAUCACGGUGCCGGUGGCAUACCGGAUCAUCUACAUCCGGGCGGGGGAACGAAUCUUAGGCGUGAGUACGGUAGCCACGGUUCAAUCGAUGUGAUUUCAUCUGACCGACAUCCACACCAUCACCACCACCAUCAGGGUCACGUUGGUGCACCGAGUACGGGUGAAAACUUUCUUACGAUGCUGCAAGAGUAUCAACCGUUUGGGCUGGAUGGUUCGUCGUUACUAUACUCGAUGAAUAAACAUCACACAGGGCAUGCGCAUGGAAGUGGUAAUGGUGGUGGUGCUGCUCCUGCAAAUCCAAUUGCCCUCACCGGGGAUGAUGUAGUUGAUCGGGGAGGAAAUGCAAGUCCGAAGCUAAGGAACAAAUUUCAUCGCCUUUGGGGUUCUUCUAGUACGGGGGCUGGUGCUGCUGGAAGCAAUGGAUCUGCGAACGGGAAACAAUCCAGACAGGUGGCCAACGGAGGAGCCACCACCACAACAUCUUCUCUGGACGACAGUCAGCUGUGUGUGGCACUGAACGUGAGUGCGACUUCGACGACAACAACCGUUUCGUCGGCAGACAUUGAAGAGCGUCAGCGCCGACGGGCAUUUGCUCAUUUCGAUUGUCGCUCGCUAACGGCUAAUUUGGGAUACGCGGCCAAGUUACGAGGAUUUCUGUUGGAGCGCCGGCGUAAUACCACCACAGGAGCGUCAGCAGCGGCCACGUACGGCACACGAUCGUCCACCCCUGACGGGGAUAGUGUCGACGAAGACUACGGUGACGGACAACAGAAUGAACUGCUGGAGAACUGCCCUUUCUUCCGGAAUGAGAUUGGCGGUGAGGAGGAGCGUGAGGUUAGCCUUACAAGAAUGGCGUCAUCGUCGACAACGUCCUCGGGCGUCGGUGGAACAGCAAGUGGUCAGCAACGGCGACCAAUCCACCGGCCAGCCCUUGCGUACGGUGUGUCUGUGCUAGAGUGUGGUGCCAACGAUACGCUGUGGAAGGCUUACACCUGCCCGUACCAGAAAGGACCUCGUCCAAUCGAACAGAUUGACAAUGGGGCACUCUACUACCGGCAGCACUUCUUCGGCCAGGAGCACCAGAACUGGUUCGGCAUGGACGAACACCUCGGACCGGUCGCGAUCUCGAUCAAGCGUGAAAAGAUCAACCCGACGCCGGUGCAGACGCUCGCGUUACACGGCUCGGAUGUGGCACCGACGACGACGCACCCGGCAGAACAGUACCUGUAUCGGUUGAUCGUGCGCACCUCGGAACUGCUUACGUUGCGCGGUUCGGUGAUCGAGGACUCGAUCCCGAAUGCGCGCGGUGCCGGCAAGCACGCCAAUACCAAAGAGAUUCUGGAGUACGUUGCGCCGGAAGUACAAAUAGGUUGCCUGCGAUUGGCGGUCAGUACGCCGCAGUGCGAGCAACAGUUGCUGAAGCUGGACGAGCAGGGGCUCACCAACAAGUACAAGGUGGGCAUCCUGUAUUGCCGGGCUGGGCAAUCCUCCGAGGAGGAUAUGUACAACAACGAGGAGGCCGGUCCGGCGUUUAACGAGUUCCUCGACACCAUUGGACGGCGGGUCCGGCUGAAAGGAUUCGAGCACUAUAAAGCGGGCCUGGACAACAAAACCGACUCCACCGGGACGCAUUCGCUGUACGCAACGCAGCAGGAUUGUGAGAUUAUGUUUCACGUAUCGACGAUGCUUCCGUUCACGCCAAACAAUCGGCAACAGUUGCUCCGCAAGCGUCACAUCGGCAACGACAUUGUGACGAUUGUAUUCCAGGAACCGGGCGCGCUACCGUUCACGCCGAAAAACAUCCGCAGCCAGUUCCAGCAUGUGUUUGUGAUUGUGCGCGCGGUAAACCCGUGCAGUGACCAUACCCAGUACCGGGUGGCUGUCUCACGCUCGAAGGAUGUGCCUGUGUUUGGUCCACCGGUGCGAGCUGGGUCGCACUAUCCGCGGGGCAAACAGUUUGCCGACUUUCUGCUAUCGAAGGUGAUCAACGCAGAGAAUGCGGCACAUCGAUCGGUGAAGUUUGCGAUGAUGGCGAUUCGGACGCGCCAAGAAUACCUAAAGGAUUUGGCCACAAACUACAGCACGGCGACGGUAGUCGAAACGGGGCAACGGUUUUCGAUCUUCCCGAGCAAAAAGCGCGAACGUCCGACUAAACCACGCUUCUCAGGCGAUCUGUCACAGCGGGGCGCAUUCUGUUGGCAGGUGGUAUUGCAUGACAGUGGCCAAUCGACUCAUGUCGAUUGCUUCCUCGGCAUCUCGGCGGAAACGUUCGUCCUGAUUGAAGAGUGUACACGACAGAUCAUCUUUGUGACGCCGUGCCGGGCAAUUCUCGGCUGGUCGACGAGCCAGAAUGCGCUGCGGGUGUACUACCAUCAGGGUGAGUGCGUGACGCUUAACAUGCGCGACACCGGUGACCGAGACGAGCAGUUGGAGGUGAUCGAGCGGUUACGCGCCGUGACGAAUGGGUGUGGUGCGCUUGAACUCAGCCUGCGCCGAAAUCCGAUGGGACAGCUUGGGUUCCACGUGCAACCGGAUGGUGUUGUGACGCAAGUGGAGAUCUCGGGACAAGCAUGGGCCGCCGGGCUACGGCAGGGAUAUCGACUAGUGGAAAUCUGCAAGGUUGCUGUAGCGACACUGUCUCACGAUCAAAUGGUAGAUCUGCUGAAAACGUCCGCCCAGGUUACGGUCACGGUAAUCGAAUCGUUUGCAGAUUUUACACCGAGACGCGGAUGUACCUUGCAGAACUGUCGCUUCAAUUCCAUAAACUACGAAAGCGAAUACGACAACAUGGUACUGGAUGGUGGUAAUAAAAAUGGAACCAGCGGACAAAGCGGUGGAGGAAGCGGUAGCGGCAGCAGCAAGAAGGUACUCCCUAGUGGACAACUUCAAUCAUCCGCCAGUCACCGACGACGAUAUGAGCGUAACUUUUCACCACCUCGAUCAAGUAACAGCUCUGGAUAUGGAACGGGCAGUAGUAGUCGAUCGUUUACCGCAGCUGUCGGUGCUACAGGUCAGCAGGUACCUGCAGCUGCUCAGCCUAACGGGACUGAUAUGGGCACACUUACCUCGUCUUCGAGUGGACACUCGUCGAAUGAUGAACGCUGGUACGACGUACUGGAUCCACCGCAGGAAGCAUCCUCUAUAAUGGCAGGUCCACCAUCCGUGGCCUCCGAUCCGAGUGUUAACUACCAUCAUCCGAAGUUAACGGCGUCGAGCAAUUCCCUGCCUCUCGCGGGAUCCAGUCCACGUCCACUAUCCCUGCACAACGACAGCGGACAGAUUUCGUCACCGUCACGCAGUAACGGAAGCCAAGUGUCGGGACAAUCGGUCGGGCGGGAUAAUUCGGCCAACAUCGCAAUGUUGAAACGACUCAUCAUUGCAGAUUCGCCGAAUGGUGGCUUAGAUGGAGCUGGAGUUCUUCAACAGCAGCAGCAAAAUCAUCCAGAACCUUUGUACAGCAGUUCGUUGAAGAAUCUUUCUAACCAUCAUCUCCUGAUGGCAGCCGGUAGUAAUCACACGGCGGAGGAGGACGAUCUUUCCCGACACAAUUCACCGCAGCUAAGACGAUCGGCAACUACGACCAACAUAUACGGUAUCAAUGGCAAGAAAGCGAACGGUGCUGCUACAACCUGCUCAGGCAGUAGUGCUUCGAGCAGUCGCAAUAACAGUCCACGACCCAAUGGAACCGGUGAAACGGCGAAACUACGAAGUGGAGCUGCCCUGAAAGGUGGAGCCCAACAUCACCCGCAGCGCAAUAGCGUCAAUUACACGACCGGCAGUACGCUGCAGGAAGAUCUGAUGAAGCUUAUCAACCCUGACUAUAUUGCAAACGAUGACAACUUUAAUGCUGGCGGCAUGGAGCGUAUGCAGAAGGGACAUCAUAAUAGCCACAGUCUCGGGAACAUUGCCAGCUUGGCCGGUGGAUUGAAACCGAUCCCGCAGAAGAGUCGCUCGCGGGAAGGUGUCAAUUUGGGUGGCUCAAACCAGCAACUUUCGGCCACUAAUGGGAAUGGACUUAAGCUGGCGAAUGGUGGUGGUACGAACAGUCCGAGCAAUGGUGGCGAGGAGGAGGUUAUUUUUACAACGGCCCGCCCAGCAACGGUCAUUUCGUCAACUACCUCGAACAGUUCCAGUCCGGCUAGUGAACUGCUCGGAAAGCAUCACAUGAAUGAGGACCAUUUAAAGAUGUCUCCUAGUAGAAAGCAACAGCAGCAGCAGUUCGUUAACGGUGGCAUCCUGAAGAAUGGUGGAGCUAAAAUUCCUUUGCCGGACAUGAAGGAGAUGGAUUGGAGCAGUCUGGUCGAUACGGCAACCAAAGCAAUGACUCAGUUAUCGGAAUCUGUGGCCAAAUCGCAACACCCAGGAAGUAAUGUGUAUUACGACGACAUCAGCCAGGUGUUGAACGGAGUGCAUAAUCAGCAUCAGUUGCAGCAGCAACAGCAAACCGGUCACAAUGGAACUAUGAAUGGGAGCGGUCCAGUAGGGACAAUUGUUAACGGAGGAGGAACGGGUGGAGGUUGUAGUAGUGUUAGCGGAACCGGUAGUAGCAUCGGGAGCGGACCGGAUCUGUCCUCCUCCACACCGAGUUCAGCUUCCCCCGUAUCUACCGGUAGCAGUAAUGCCGCACAGCAGCAAGCUCUGAUGGCACUGCAGAACAGUUCAAGCCUACCAGAACUUCAGUGCCAAGUCACUCAGCUUUCCGAUCGUGUACUGCGCGAACAACGUCGCCGGCGCUCGCUCGAACAUGCCGUGCGACGGUUAACGGAAGAAAAUCGGCGGCUGCAAGAUGAAAGCCAGGCAGCUGUGCAGCAGUUGCGUCGUUUCACCGAGUGGUUUUUCCAGACGAUCGAUCGACAAUCGUAAUAGAUCGCAGUGUGAUAGCACUAGAAAAAAAAUUCAAAACACACACACACACACACACACACACACACACACACACACACACACACACUCACACGCAUGUAUAAAUGUCGUGUCUUCCAAAGCGUGAUCAUUUUAUAAAGGAAGGAAGUGAGGAAGGGAUACAUUGACAUUCGUUUUUUUUUUAUAAAUGACCAAAAAUUAUGUACAUAUAAGCCAAGGUGUGUGCGCUUUUAGCGAACAAACAAGUGUAACAUUUAUAUAUUAAAGAGCACACCUUACAACGUUACUUAGGGAGGCCUCGUUAGUGGGUAGAUUGAGCACCAGUAUGAAAAAGUUAAACAUUCUUUACACAACAACACAACGGCACUCGAAGAAGCUUUUUGCUCUGCAGACGUUCAUUGAUAUGUGGGAAUUUAAAGCCCUGUUUAUAUAGUUAGAAAUUUGUAAGCGAAGUUAGAAACAGUUUUGUUCUCUUCUGCGCGUAUACAACAGCAAACACCAAUUAUAUGCUAGACUGUAGUUAUUAUAUACAAAACCCCUCUUUACAUACAUAUGCAUCAUGCAACGAAGCAGAUGGAAAUUGUACCAUAAAUUUGCCAAGCGUGUUAAUUUUUAACUUAGCGCGGCAAUUUUCAAGGAUGUGCAAGGUGCACGCAUGCAUGCAAGCGAUAAGGACAAAUAAUAUGCCAAAAAUGCCUCUUCAUAUAGUACUGCUUCUACUAACGCUAACGUUUUUGCAUCGCUAUGGUAUUUGUAUGAUUUAUGUGUUGUGUAAUAGACACUACAGUUCGAUCUUAAUUUAUAAAGUUAUUUUUCUCUCUUCUUUGAUCAUUUGGUAUAGAAUGAGUGCAAACACCUUGGAUUGAAUUUAUCGACAAAGCAAUAGGACAGAUGCUAGUUUGAUUUCUGUCCUGACAAAUAAACGAACCAGUGUUUCUAUUACGAUAUUUUCACCUCUUUGUCGGUGCUUCAAGGCUUCUCUCCUCUUUUGUAAUGUUGUUAUUUUAAGCUUUGUUUUUCGCUAAACAGACGUGCACCAAACAAUAGUGAAAAACAUGUUUAACAAACAUGCAAAGGUGUUCUCAGAAUUGAUCUUAGCUUUCGAAUUACGAUGUGGUUUGAGAAAAUGUUAGUUAUAAACAUUAAACAAAGGAAGAAAUCAAUGUUUGUCCUUUUUUUCUUUGUCUACUUUCGAGAUCAUUUCUCGUGCAUAAAAGGAAAACGAGAGCGAUGCAACAUGAACAGUGUAAAGACCAACUCCUUAGUAUCUCUUAAUUUAUCGGUAAUACUAUCUCUAUACUCUUUGUUGUAAUAACUAGACCAAUAAGCAAUGUGCGAUUCCAUGAAGCAAAGUGAAAUAAAAUGUUA